GGGCCGGCUAUUUAAAAGCGCCUGCUCGCCCGGAGCCCGUAGUCUCUUUGGAAACUUCUGCAGGGGAAAAGAGCUAGGAAAGAGCUCCAAGCAGUGUGGGCUUUUUCCUUUUUUUUUUUUUUUUUUUUUUGCUCCUUUUGAUUACCCCCUCUUCCGUUUUCACCUUUCUCCGGACUUCGCGGAGAACCUGCGAAUUUCGAAGAGGAGGUGGCAAAGUGGGAGAAAAGAGGUGUUAGGGUUUGGGGUUUUUUGGGUUUUUUGUUUUUUUGUUUUUAAUUUCUUGAUUUCAACAUUUUCUCCCACCCUCUCGGCUGCAGCCAACGCCUCUUACCUGUUCCGCGGCGCCGCGCACCGCUGGCCGCUGAGGGUUAGAAAGGAGCGGGGUGUAUUUUAGAUUUUAAGCAAAAAUUUUCCAAAUAAAUCCACUUUUCUCCCCCACCCCCAACGCCAUCCCCACUGCCUCCGAGCUCAUUAUUUCGGUGGUUGCUUGGGGGUGAACGAUUUUGUGGCUUUUUUCCACUUAUAAUUCUGACCAGCUCAGGCUCGAGGGUUUCUCCGGCCUCAGCUCGCUGGGUGCACCUGGCGCUGCCCUGCUUCCCCCAACCUGUUGCAAGGCUUUAUUAAUUCUUGCAACCGGGACUUGAUCGCCGGCACCCCAGUCCUCCAUCUCUCUCUACAUUUUUGCAAGUGCCUGGGGGGAGGGCACCUGCUCUACCUGCCAGAAAUUUUAAAAAAACAAAAACAAAAAAAUCUCCGGGCGCCUUCUUGGCCCCUUUAUCCCUGCACUGUCGAUCUCCUGCCCCACCCCGAGGUAAAGGGGGCGACUGAGAAGAUGGUGCUGCUCACCGCGGUCCUCCUGCUGCUGGCCUCCUGUGCUGGGCCGGCCCAGAGCCUCGGCUCCUUAGUGCACUGCGAGCCCUGCGACGAGAAAGCCCUCUCCGUGUGCCCCCCCAGCCCCGUGGGCUGCGAGCUGGUCAAGGAGCCGGGCUGCGGCUGCUGCAUGACCUGCGCCCUGGCCGAGGGGCAGUCGUGCGGCGUCUACACCGAGCGCUGCGCCCAGGGGCUGCGCUGCCUCCCCCGGCAGGACGAGGAGAAGCCGCUGCACGCCCUGCUGCACGGCCGCGGGCUUUGCCUCAACGAAAAGAGCUACCGCGAGCAAGUCAAGAUCGAGAGAGACUCCCGUGAGCAUGAGGAGCCCACCACCACCACCGAGCUGGCUGAGGAGACCUACUCCCCCAAGAUCUUCCGGCCCAAGCAAACCCGCAUCUCUGAGCUGAAGGCCGAAGCGGUGAAGAAGGACCGCAGAAAGAAGCUGACCCAGUCCAAGUUGGUGGGGGGAGCUGAGAACACUGCCCACUCCCGGGUCGCCGCUGCCCCUGAGAUGAGACAGGAAUCUGAGCAGGGCCCCUGCCGCAGACACAUGGAGGCUGCCCUGCAGGAACUUAAAGCCACCCCACGCAUGGUGCCCCGCGCCGUGUACCUGCCCAAUUGUGACCGCAAAGGAUUCUACAAGAGAAAGCAGUGCAAGCCUUCCCGUGGCCGCAAGCGUGGCAUCUGCUGGUGUGUGGACAAGUACGGGAUGAAGCUGCCAGGCAUGGAGUACGUGGACGGGGGCUUUCAGUGUCACGCCUUCGACAGCAGCAACGUUGAGUGAUGCGUCCCCCCCGCCCUCCCCUCACCCCUCCCACCCCCAGCCCUGACUCCAGCCAGCGCCUCCCUCCACCCCAGGACACCACUCAUUUCAUCUCAUUUAAGGGAAAAGUAUAUAUCUAUCUAUUUGAGGAAACUGAGGACCUCGGAAUCUCUAGCAAGGGCUCAACUUUGAAAAUGGCAACAACAGAGAUGCAAAAAGCUAAAAAGACACCCCCCUUUCUAAAAUGAUUUUCUUUUUGAGGCAAGUUGAAUGAACAAGAGAAGGGAAGAGAGGAAGAAUGAGAGGAAGAGAAGGGCAGGAAGCGUUUGUGUUGAAGAAAGAGAAAGACAAAUAGUGUUAGGACAAGGAAGACAAGCAGGUAGGCAGGAAGGAAAGGCACCGAGACCAGGGAGGGCCCAACCUUCACGUCCAGCUCUGGCCUUCAGUGACAUUCUCGGGGUUUCCCAGUAUGGACUGGUCAGGGGGAGAAAGGAAAUGAUAGAACGUGCCAGGGCCUCUCCCGGAUCUGUCUCCCCCUCCAGCCAGCAGUAUGGACAGCUGGACCCUGAACUUCCUCUCCUCUUACCCGGGAGGAGUGUUGUCGCUCCCCAAAUUUAUAAAAACUAAAAUGCAUUCCAGUCCUCUGAAAGCAAAGUAACUCCAUCAUUGAGUGAUAUUAGCUAGAUAGGUUUUCGGAAGCAGAUCUAUGAAUAUUAAAUACAUGUGUGUAUUUCACUCCCCAGGCAAACUUUUUUUUAGAAACCAAUACACGCCCCAAUAUUGGAAAGACUUGUUCUUCCAGGGUGACGACAGUACACGCAGAAGCGUGAGGUUUCAGCCCUCAUUUGAUUCAAUUUGCAAGCAGCACAGCAGUCUCUGUGGGGGAGGAUAGGUUGGAAAAAAAAA